AUGGCAGAAAUCAUCGGCCUUGUCGCCAGUAUUGGCACCAUCACUGCUGCUGGAUUCAAAGCCGCCAAGGCCAUUUCAACUCUCACUAGUGAGCUAGGCGCUGCAGGGGCCGAGAUAUCUGGAAUCGCGACAGAUCUCAAGGCCGUAUCACUGAUCCUCAAUGAGCUCAAGAAGCGUCUCAGCAAAGCAGAUAACUUAAGCGUGGAGGUAGUUGACGUUGCCUACGAGAUUACCGCCCUUUGCAAGACUGAUAUUGAAGGCGUCGAAAGAUUUCUCGUCCCUUUGACAUCCCCGUUCGGACAAACCUUGAAGUUGAAAGACAAAGUCAAGUGGCUGUUUGAGAAAGCCAAAGUAUCUUCUCGAAGAGCAUCACUGGAUUCGUUGAAGCUUACACUGGGCCUUUUUCUUCAUACACUGGACUUUAUUGAGAAUGGAGAUGAAGGAAGUAAAGAUGUCGCGGAACAUAUCAAGGAAGAGGUGUGCAACUUGAUUGUCGAAACUCAGUAUACAAAAACGGCACUACUGGAUGCAGAACGACUCGACACUACUUUCAGGUCCGAAUACGAAAACUCCCUGACGCCUUCUUCGCAGAUAGGAAAUGGGGAAUAUAAAUCAGAAGACUCUGCUUUGGUAUCGCGAUCAUCUAUGCAUGAUCAGGAUCAAAUGCAACUCACUCGCCGUCAGUCCCAAACAGAUUCUGCCGUCUUUCUGGAAACAAUGUCUGACGACGACUUCAUCGAGAUUUCGGAGCACCUACGGUUACAGAAGGUAGUCAGAGAAUUGGCUGUCAAGAUCGUCCAUCCUACACAAAGACAAGGAGCUCAAGCUGCAUCGUCCGAUGAUACAGCUCGCAACUGGCAAGAUGACGAUGCUAGUCGCGGCACAUACACCUUCCCGCCUUCAAGAGACCGAUUGGAAGAGGAAUUGGAAAACAAAAAGCAACAUCUCAACCAAUCUUUGGAACGUAUAUCACUGUUAGAAAGACAGAUUGCAAGAUAUGAACUUGAAGCCCGUGCCAACGAGGAAAGAGAAAGACGGCAACAGGAGGAGCAAAGACGAAAUGAGGAGGAACGUCGUAUCAGAACAGAGACGGAAGAAGCUUUUCACAGAAGAAUGGAGGAUAUGCGUUUGGCACAGGAAGAAGCAAAACGUGAGAUUGAAAAGGCGAAACGUGAUGCUGAGGAAGCGGCGAUGAAGAGGAUAAAAGCAGAGCAAAUAGCAGAACAGGAAAGGCAAAAGGCACAUCAAGAUGCUAUAGCUGCUGCAAAGGAGACGGCAAGGAGGGAGUUUGAGGCUGAGAUGAUGGAGAGAGAUCAGGCGCAAAAGCGAGGAGGUCUGAGGAGGUAUUUCCCUAUGUUCAGGGACUCAAAGUAA